GAGUUUGCUGAUACUACUUUGUCCAUGGAUAAUGUGACUCUGGCUUACCUCAAUUAUACCCAAUCUGGUACCUUUGUUACAGACGGUAAAGUGGUCAAUUUUACUAAUCUUGCUUUUAAUGGCACCGAUUCCGAUUAUCCACAUGCUCUUGAGGAUUCUAUGAAUCAAUUCUUGCAUAAUUGGACAGAUAUUUUGUAUUAUGGUAAUGCUGUAUUGGGAUAUUGGGGUUUGGUGAUGGUAUUUGGUGCUAUUUGUAAUUGGCUUCCAUUGAUAUUUUCAAGUUGCAGACCAGCUGGACCAGUUCCUAAUUGGUUUAGAAAAAACGUGAUCCUUCCUGCUGCUAUUGGUAAGAAGAGAAUGCAAAAUUACAAACUCUUCCAAGUUAUUGAGUUCUACAUGCCUUCAAGAUUAGAAUCGAUAAUCUUAUUGGGAUUCUGUGUGGUUAUAACUAUUGUUUUAACCAUCAAUAUGUCCUAUGUUCAAAGUGAUUCUCUCAUUUUCACCAACUAUCAGGCACAUUUGAGAUAUCUUGCCAAUAGAACUGGUAUUAUUUCAACCAUGAUGCUCCCAUUGGUCAUUCUAUUUUCUGGACGCAACAAUAUCUUGCAAUACUUUACUCGUUGGAACCAUUCUGUUUUCAUUAUGUUCCACAGAUAUAUUGCUCGCAUGAUGGUUACAUUUGUUUUGAUUCAUGCUAUCAGUUUUACCAUUGCCCUUGGUCCAAACUACAAUGCAAUCAUGAAGGAUCCAUUCAUGAUUUGGGGCACAGUAGCUACUGUUGCUGGAAUGAUUAUCUUUUUCCAAGGAAUGUUGUAUUUUAGAAGAAGAUGGUAUGAAGUGUUUUUAGCUAUGCAUAUUCUCAUGGCUGUUUUGUUUAUUGCCGGUACUUGGAGACAUGUGGUUAAAUUGGGCUAUGUCUGGUAUGUAUAUGCUGCUACUGGUGUUUGGAUCUUGGAUAGACUAAUCAGAAUCGUUAGACUUGUUUCAUUUGGUUUCCCUGGGGCUGAUGUUACUUUGAUGUCAAAUGAAACUUUGAAAGUAGUAAUCAAAAAACCAGCUCAUUGGCAACCAACUCCUGGAGGACAUGUGUUUAUUCACUUUCUUCGCCCCAGUUGUUUCUGGCAAUCUCAUCCCUUCACUUGUGCCACUUCUCCGCAAUCUGAAGAUCACAUUGUUUUGUAUUGCAAGGUUAAAGGUGGUGUUACUCAUGGUUUAUACCAAUAUUUGAUGACUUUACCUGGCAAGACUGCCAAAAUUAAAGUUGGUGUUGAAGGUCCUUAUGGAGAAACUAGCGGUGCAAAGAAAUCAGAAUCUGCUGUAUUCAUUGCUGGAGGUAAUGGUAUCCCUGGUAUGUAUGCUGAAGCUGUUGAUUUAGCAACGAAGUCAACAUUUGAAUCUAGAAGGUCAAUCAAGUUGUAUUGGAUCAUUAGAGAAUAUCGUUCUUUGUAUUGGUUUUUUGAAGAAUUGCAGAGUUUGAGACGUCUUGAUGUUGAAACUACCGUUUUUGUUACUCAACCUAACAAUGAACAGGAUAUUGAUGGAUUGAAAACUCUUUUAGUGACUAAUCGUGUGGAAGAGGUACUUGAAAAGGAUAUCAAGGACAACACAUCAGAGAUCACCUUUGAAGAUGAUUUCACUGAUUUGAAAAAUAAGAUUGCCUUUCAUCUUUCACGUGUUAGCUUUGUUGACGGAAGACCAAAUAUUGGUGAACUUGUAGAAAACGAAGUUGACUUGGCAGACAAUAGCAUUUCUUUUGUCACUUGUGGUCACCCUGCUAUGGUUGACGAUAUUCGUCAUGAAGUUGUUAAACAGUUGGACCAUGCUGAAGGGAAAAGAAUUGACUUUUAUGAACAACUUCUUAGUUGGGCGUAAGUAUUUAUUUAUAGAUUAAUAGAAUAAAGAGUAUGGUUUCACUUUAAAAAGCCCAUUACAAGUUCAUUUCAUAUUUAUUACAUCUUUUUUAAAAAAAAGAAUUUCAACUAAUCUAUAAGAACCCAAUAACCACAAGAAUUAUUAUUCAUGUGUUUUUACAUGUUUUGUAUAAUCCACCUUUUUCUCAAACACUGAUCCACAAACCUCACAUUCAAACAACUUAGAAUGGAUCUUCAUAUGCUUGGUCAAAUUUGAACUUUCACUAAACCUCUUGCCACACCCGGGCCAUUUGCAAACCAACGGUUUCUCUCCAGUAUGAACCCGGUGAUGUAUACUCAAUGAACUACGGGUCGCAAACCGUUUCCCGCAAAUCAGACACGGGAAUGGUUUCUCUCCUGAGUGGGUACGGAGAUGUUGAGUCAACAUUCCCUCCACUGCAAAGCUGGCACCACAAAUGUGGCACUGGCACGGUUUGUACCCGGUAUGUAUAUGUAUAUGUCUGAGAAGUUUUUGACGCUGGGUAAACUGUUUCCCCAUAUGCCUCUCACACCCGAUCCAAUUACAGAAAUAUUUGGAUUUCCCACACCCAAUGUGAUCAUUAAGAAGAUGAUCUUGGAGGUCAGCUUCACUUAUAUGUGUCUUGUUGCACGGUAUUGCGUUACCAUUGCUGUCAUGGCCAAUUUCCCAUUUACAAGUGUGGGUAGGGUCUGGCGGUGUGGGGCUGGCUUUGGGUUUUUUGGGUAAGAUUUUAAUUGAGGUGAUGUUUACAUUUGGGUGUUCAUCCUUAACCGUAGGGUAAUCUGCUAUUGGCGAAGACUCGUAAGAUUUCGUGGUUGAACUUGGAGUUAAAAUAGAUUGAUUUGGAAGGAUAAACUGUUUCUUGGUCUGUUGUUUAUGGUUCUUCAAAUGGUCAACCAAAAGCUUGAAAUCGGAGUUGAUGAAAUUACAAUCUUGCCAUUCA